UGAAGGCUUGAAUGAGGGAGUAUGUGAGGACCUGUACGGACGUGUGUUUAGUCUCACAUUGGUUAUUCACUAGAUAAAUCUUAGUUACUUAUAAAGGAUCAAAGAAUACAAAUAAUACCUUCCGGCUAGUCAUUUGGAUGAGGUCCUGAGUUGUUACAGCGACAUUCUACAAUAGCACUGCCGUGUCAUGGGCCGGAUCUGGGGCGCGAAAAAUCAUGUCCAGAUCCGAGCCGUGGCAGGAACAAAGUUAUAUCAAGUGGCUGUGAUGUCUUAUAUCACUAUUAAAACACAAUUGUAAUAUUAUUACUAAUUAUACUAACAGAAUUAUAUUUAUAUCACUCACAAGUUAUUUCAAGUAGGUUGUGAUGUCGUAGUAAUAAUAACUCUGUGGACAAAAAUAAUUAAUCAUUUUUCUAAAGAUUAUUCAAAAUUCUCAAUAAGCCCUAACUAGGCCUAAAGAUUUGCAACAUUUGUAUAGACUCUAGCCCAUCUUAUUUAUGUCAUCAUUGAACCAGUCGCACUAAUACUUAGUUUUAGCUUGCAUGCUUGCUUGUGGAAAAAUUAUUUUCUACACCACGUGCACUAUGGUGCAUCACGCCUAUCAUCUCGUUUCAUUUUUGUAGGUCUCAUUGAUUAAGCAUGGUGAUUGGCCCACACAAACGAGACGAGGUAAUUAGUAUAGUGCACUGCCCUGUGGUACGUGUGUUGGAUAUAAUUUUUCUUAUUUAUAUCAUCCUCAAAGGAGAUGGUCCUCACCUAGCAAAAUUUUUCCACAAGCUAAACUGAGCCUAUAUAUCCAUCAAAUGCACGUCUGGCCGAUGCAAUACCAACAAUCCUCCAAUACUUCCUUUUAAAUCCAUAUAAAACGAAAUAAAAUUCUCAAUUGGUUUUUUUUUUUUUUUUGGCUCGUCUCAUCAUAUUUUCGGCGAGAUAAGAGUGCAGCGACGCGUUCCAAGGUAACGUGGAGGACGUUGCAUGGAUGCCGAACCCAACUAAAUGCAACGCGUUACACCCAGCUUUCAUUACGAAUGCCGCGUGUAUCAGCUUAAUGGCUGCACACGUGGAGGUAGAUGGUUCUUCCUACUUGCUACUGAGAGAGAGGUUUAGAAGGGGAAAAGGGUCUCAAGGGGGGGAAAGAAAUCCAAAAGAGAGAGAGGGAGUAGAAUGCUUCUAGGAGUCGGUAGGGUGAUUGAUGGAGCUCUCCGUCUGAAGUCGCCGGCAGUUGAGAAUAUCAAGGCCAUUCGCCGGAGCCCGACGACCACCUUCUGCACGGGGGGCCGAGCAGCAUCGUCUCGAUCCGGCGGUGGGAGCAACAUGGAUAGCCAGGGGCAGCAGCAGCAGCAAGAGCCCGUAAAGACCACCGGGGAUGCGAUGUCCCACUCUUUUGGGGAGGGUUACUCCACGCGGUCAGACGAGGAAGGAUUCGGAGGAGUUUACGGAGGAAAUCAGUCAAUCUCAAAACCUGGAGAACAUGAGAACCAUCCCGACUAUGACAAGUCGCAGGGCAGCGAAGUCAAAGAGAAGGAGAAAGGUCGGAACCAAGCACAGCCGUCAGUCAAGUGAAGAUUUACUGCUGAGGUUGUUUUGGUUCACUUUUCUUCAAUUCCAUUGGUAGUAAUUAGCUCCUAGAGGAACUUUGAUGUCUUCACACCUCGUUUGUUUCAAAUAAGAUGUUUGCCGUUUGUCUUAUGUUCUAUCAAGAAAUCAUAUUUGGUUCGACCGAAUUCUUAUUAAGGAAUUUUUGACGUUGCUAAUGUUUGCUCGCCGGGGUGUAUCAGUGCUUUUGUGAUCCAAGCCGUAACAUGUGAGUUUUUGAGUAGUUAAAGUCAGGUACUUGUAUCAUUCCUCUUCUUAUUGAGAUACCACUGUGGUGGUCGCUUAAAAAUUGCCACCAUCUGUCUCUCCCCUUGUUGACAUUGUUUAAGCUCACUGAUCUGAUAUCGCAGGGGUGCAAGAAGGUGACUAAAUAAGCUGUGACCUGGUCAAAUAAUAACAACUCCCUGCAACAGGGGAUUUGACCUAAUUAGAGUCAUCAGACUCUAUGCCCAUUUAAGGUAGGAUGAAUCAAUAGUGUAGAUAUAGGCCCAUUUUAAGUUCCUAGCUUUUUAGACCCCAAGAGAAGGUCAUUUUAAACUUGACAAAGCACUACAUGAAAGACUUAGUCAAAAUAUGGCCGUUAAAUGAUCAAAACCUUGUAUAAAGUCAAAAGUGUUUAAAAUUCUGAAAAUCAUUUUUAUUACUUCAUAAAA